GCGGGGCCGCCACUCAGUCCGUGCCUGGAGCGCCGCACGGUAGCGGCACACGCGGGGCUGGUGCUGGGCGCAGCAUGGAGGAGGCGGCGGCGGGAGCGGGUGAGGGCAAGGCGGGCCACGGCCGGAACGGCCACGCCGAGGGCCCGGCGGCGGAGGAGCAGCGGGGCGGCGGGGCCCGGCUGCGGGGCUGCCGCGGGUUCCUGCGGCGCAACGCGCUGGUGCUGCUGACGGUGUCGGGGGUGGUGGCCGGCGUGGCGCUGGGGGCCGCGGUGCGCGGCGCGGAGCUGGGCCCGGCGCAGGUCGCCUACCUGGCCUUCCCCGGGGAGCUGCUGCUGCGGAUGCUGCGCAUGGUGAUCCUGCCGCUCGUGGUCUGCAGCCUGGUGUCGGGCGCCGCCAGCCUGGACACCCGCUCGCUCGGCCGCCUGGGUGGCAUCGCGCUCGCCUAUUUCCUGGGCACCACGCUGCUCGCCUCCGGCCUCGCCGUGGCCCUCGGCUUCAUCAUCCGCCCCGGCGCCGGCGCGUCCGCGCUCAACACGCAGCUGGGGCUGCCGGGCGCGCUGCCCACCAGCAAGGAGACGGUGGACUCCUUCCUCGACCUCAUCAGAAACCUGUUUCCUGCAAAUCUCGUUGCUGCGGCUUUCCGAACGUAUGCAACAGACUAUAGGAUGCUGCCCAGGAACACUACCUCUGGAAAUGCCACAUUGGAAAAGAUCCCUGUUGGUACUGAGAUUGAAGGGAUGAACAUCCUGGGACUGGUGAUGUUUGCUCUGGUGUUAGGGGUGGCACUGAAGAAGCUUGGCCAGGAGGGGGAAGAUCUGAUUCGCUUCUUUAACUCGUUCAACGAGGCAACAAUGGUCUUGGUUACCUGGAUCAUGUGGUAUGUACCUAUUGGCAUUAUGUUCCUUGUUGGGAGCAAGAUCGUGGAAAUGGAAGAUAUCGUGCUGCUGGUGACCAGCCUGGGAAAAUACAUCUUUGCCUCCAUCCUGGGCCACGUCAUCCACGGAGGAAUCAUCCUGCCACUUAUUUAUUUUGCAGCCACACGGCAAAAUCCGUAUCGUUUUCUCUUAGGGCUUAUCACACCACUUGCCACUGCCUUUGCCACUUGCUCCAGCUCAGCCACGCUCCCGUCCAUGAUCAAGUGUGUCGAGGAGAACAACGGCGUCGACAAGAGGAUCAGCAGGUUUAUCCUUCCCAUUGGAGCCACUGUGAACAUGGAUGGAGCUGCCAUUUUCCAGUGCAUGGCAACUGUGUUCAUUGCUCAGCUGAACAACGUCGACCUCAACCCUGGGCAGAUCUUCACAAUUCUCGUGACGGCCACGGCGUCCAGCGUGGGAGCGGCCGGGGUCCCCGCCGGAGGCGUCCUCACCAUCGCCAUCAUCCUGGAGGCCAUCGGGCUGCCCACCAAUGACCUGUCCCUCAUCCUGGCCGUGGACUGGAUCGUGGACCGAACCACCACGGUUGUGAAUGUGGAAGGGGAUGCCCUGGGAGCGGGCAUCCUAAAUUACCUGAAUGAGAAAGACAAGAAAGAGAGAGAGCAGGAGCUGAAGGAAGUCACGGUGGAAGCAGUUGCCAACAGCAAGUCGGAAGCGGAGACGUCGCCUUUGGUAACCCACAAAAACCCCGUGUCCAACAGCAGCAGCACAGCAGACCCUGAAUCCAAGGAAUCAGUGUUGUGAACUCGAGGCCGCUCGUCAAGACCGGCCCCAGAGGCGGCCCAGGGACUUGUCAACGCACCCAGACGCUCGCAGUGCCACCAGGGGCUGGGUGGCUCUGGGGAGAGCUCACUUCCAGCCUGUUUGGAAAUGUGCUGGCCUGGGGAAGGGGAGGGAGGUGGGGUGGGCAGAGAAGGGGUGUUGAGAAGGAACACUCGCUUUAUUGUAGUGUUUUGAUAGUUUGUACGUGUACGUGUGUACGCAAGAACUGCCACUGAGGCUCCUGGUGUAACAGGACUUCCAUUAGUGAAGGCUCAGAUGGGCUAAAGAUAGGGGGGUAGACAAACCCGGUAUGUGCUUAUUGUAGGGAAAAAAUUUUGCUGCUGUUUGAAUGGAGAAGCAGUCUAGAAACUCCAGAGUGGGUGAAAAUGUUGCUUGAAUUUGUUUUCUAGCCUGGAAACACUUACUGACCAUUACAGCCAUAAUAUGAAGCAACAUUUUUCUCCCACUCCCCUUCCUCUCAUGUUCUCCGAUCCAUUAAAAACAUUGAAUAUGUCCUUAAAACUAGCUGUUUUCUAUUUUUAAUUUUUUUUUUGUUGCUUCACACCUAAAUUAAUAGCUUAUAGGCACUUGUUUCAUUCUCCCACUGCAUUGCAGCUCACAGCAGCUUUCCUGCCUUUUGGUGAGUAACUCCCAAACUGUGGGGCCAAACAGAGGAUAUCUUUGUGCAGAUCAAGGAUUCGUUUCCUCCUUUCUUCUAACCACCAAGCUGUUAAGGAAAAAAUCCAGAGGAAGAACAAAUUUGGUUAAAGCAAUCCCUUUGGGGCUGAAAAAAAUGUAGAGUCUGUUCCAGCAUUAGUCUAUCUGAAAGAGGCUUGCCUGUGACAAGAUCCAUAAAUCCAUAAGCCAGUUCCCUUCAUGAAAACACACAUGAUCCUCUGCUAGCAUGACACAUCCUGCUCGUGUUUAUUUAAUGGGUCAGUCCAAACAACUUUAGUCGUACUCUCUUCCAGCAAAAUUGAGUAGGGGAAGAAAAAUUCUGAGCAUGCAUCAUGUGGAAACUGAUGACAGGCAAGCCUGAGUCUUGGCUUGAAAGGGGAAGAGAAGAGGUGAGUUUAUAACCCCAGUGAUCUCUGUGUGGGAGCUGGCUACCUGUUCUGCUAGGAGUUUGGUCCUCUCAUAAAUGUUCUUUUGGCAGCAGAUUACUUUUAGUAGUUCUAGGUGAUGCCUGGAUCAGGGUAAUGCUUUAAUGGCAGAUGGUAACUUUUGCUUAGAGUUCAGCCAAAUGCUUCUGGAUUCUUACUCCUCCUUUUUGCCUUUACAGUGUCCUUCCUGAAUUUGCAUCCCAAACCUGAACAAAGCCUGGCAAACUCAUUACAAAGAUCCUGUUGAUUUAUCUUGGCUCUUUGGAUGCUAAUAGAUAAAAAUUAUGACUACACAUGGCAAGGUUUCCCUGGACUUGUCAUGUUUUCCCUUGGCUACUUCAACAAGGGACUGCAUGUGGUCCAUCUCCACACUGUUAAUUCAGCAAUAUAUAUUUACACUUAGCUUUGCUAUAAAGUAAUGCUAAAGUCUCCCUUUCUCUUUCUCCUCUCUUGCUUCAGAGGAAUCUAUCUUGGAAAGAUAUCAGCACUAGGAAGAGACAACUCCAGUUCCAUAGCAGCAGCUGCCUUCCUGUUGGAGGGACACAAUGAAUUUUGCAGAGAGAUGCUCAGAGUGAGAUAUGGCUACCCCUGAGGGAGAGCGUCGUGACUGGCUGGUUAAUCCUGUGCACUGGAGGAGCCAAGCAGAUAGGCCAAGUAGGAAAGGAUUAGUCAGCCCACUGGGAAACUGCAGGUGGAGUCUCUUCUUAACCAGUUUAUUUAUAACCAUGUCCACAGAAUUUGGUCAUUCCUUGGCUCAUCUUCAAAAUGGAAGGAGACAAACACAGUUCUGCAGGGAUGUCUUUUGCCCAGCAGAUCAACUUUGUAUUUCUUCCUGUUAGAAUCAUCUCAACUCCUUUCAACUCAGGAAACCAAAAGCACAUUUUUAAGUCUAAUUAUCUCUUUGAAACAUCUGAAUGCACCAGAACCCCAAAUACUAUGAUUUUAGAAUAGUAUAUGGAUGUCUCAAGGAAGCUAAAACCCCUGACUGUCCCCUGUUGGCUGGGUUCUGUAGUUGUAUUUUAUCCCUCAUCAGAGUUUAGCUCCCGUGCUUUUGUGAGAUCCCAUGGAAUACCAUGUACAGUUCUGAUGCUCCCAACAUAAAAAGGACAUGGAACUGUUGGAGCAAGUCCAGAGAAGGGGUCCAGACAUGGGAGCAUGUCCCCUGCAAAGGCUGGCUGACAGAGUUGGGGUGUUUAGCCCAGAGAAGCAAAGGCUGCACUGUAACCUUCCAGUAUCUGAAGGGGGUCUGCAGGGAAGCCAGAGAGGGGCUUUGUCAGGAACUGUAGUGGUAGGACAAGGACCAAUGGAUACAAACUGAAAGAGAUGAAAUUUGGUGAGACACUGGAACAGGUUGCCCAGGGAGGUUUGGAUUCCCCAACCCUGGCAGUGUUUAAAGCCAGGCUGGAUAAGGCCUUGAGUAACCUGGUCUAGUGGGAGGUAUCCCUGCACAUGUCAGAGGGGUUGGGACUGGAUGAUCUUUAAGGUCCUUUCCAACCCCUUAACUUUCUGUGGUUCUGUGAUGCUCUCCCUCACUGUGACACAUGCAGCUAGGAUCAGGACAUGAUGGCAGCACUAAAAUGACAAUUCAUGAAGAAUCACAGCACCAUUUCAGAGAACACAUUUCAGUUCUAUUUUUUUUUCACCCUGAAGCUGUUGUUUCCCAUAGGUAAAAGCACUGCCCUGGGCAAACCCAAAGGCUGGGCUUCCUUGCCAUUGCCGUACCAUCCUUCCUCCCUAUGGUGCUGCAGCUGGAGCAAGCCUCACCUUUGUGUCAGUGUCCCUUAGGCUGUGGCACAUUGUUCCUGACAGGGGACCCCAGGAAGUGGCAAAUCAAUGCAAAUCCCCCAGUAUUAGUAUUUUGCAAUAGCAGUGCAGGAGCCCAAAGUGUUCAGUGAACACCUCUCCCAGUCCCCACUAGUGGAUUGCCACGUUUUGCAUCAAUGUGAAUGUCUAGAGCUGUGUAAAGCUUGUUAGGGCAGUUGGAUUUAAGGAGGUCAGGACAUUCUCAUAGCAGGAAUUUAAUCAAGGAAAUCUGACAUUCCUUCUCUAGGAAACAGAUAUCAUAGGAUUUCUAUGAACCAUGAGUAUUCAGCUCUUAACCUGCCAGAAAUCUGUAUUUUUACAAGAGGCCUACCUUAGUUUUAAAAAUGUGCCAGUUCUUUCAUUGUUUGUGCAGAGCAAGAGGGAUCUGUGGAAGCAGCAGUGCUGGGUAACUACUGCUUGUCAGAACAUUUUCUCGGUCAUUUUUUUAUCAUUUGUGUCAGAAUUUACAUUUCUUGUUUUUCUGUGAUGUUCCAAUUCCUCACGAGAGCUGUGGUGCAUUCUAGAACUCUCUGCCUGGAUUGUUCUCUGAAAGUAGGAAUGUCAAAGAUCCAGUAUUGCACUCUCUGAGACUGUAAAAAAAAAAAAAAGUGAGACAUUCCAACAACUGCCACUGUAAAGAUGUGGAUCCUGGUGGUUAGCCUGAUGAGACAGAAGACUUGCCAUUUGCUCAAAGUGGUCAGGGCCUUCAGGUAAGGCCACUGGGAGAAAAAUGAGCGGGCAGAUGAGGGAUGUGCAUUUGAGAUGCUGUUCUUGACCUGCAGUGUAACGUGUUACACUGGGAGCUUCCUGUUCCAGGAGGCUGCCAGCUGGGAAGGUGCUCAGGAGCCUUGCAGGUGCAGCCAGGGCUGCCUGCUCUGCUCUCACCCAGGCACUCCACAAAUGUGGUCCCAGUGUGGUACUUAACUCCAAUGUCUUUUGAUUGAAGGCAUAUAUUUCUGUUCUCCUGACAUAACUGUAAAUUGGAAACCUUUAGUCAGUUGCUUUUUUAAAAUGAGGAAAUAAAUUCCACGUAGAAAACACUAUUUUCUAUUUGAUUUUAGGUUGUUUUGGGUUUUUUUCUGGAAGGUACAAGUUCUCUCCUCAGCUUAUGUCCUACCCCCUAGUACAGGAAUUGCUUUUUGAGAGAAAGAUAUAGAAAUUACAUGGUGUGUUUCUUAGGGUGUCCUGUGCAAGGUCAGGAUUUGGCCUCGAUGAUCCUCAUGGGUCCCUUCCAACUCAGUGGUUUCUGUGAAAUACUGAAGAGUCUGCAAGCUUUUUUUCAGUGAAGUUUCUUUGACCAUUUUGCACCAUCUUUUAUUUCUUUUCUAGGACUGACUUUUCACUCCAUGUUUUAUUUAUCACUUCCUGAUCUCCUCCUGUUUCCUGGAAUACCUUAUGUUCUUUUUAUGUUUCAGUGGCUCAGGGAUCAGUGGGAGAGUGGACAGAGUUUUGAUGGCUCCAGUUUGCAUUCUGCCUUGCUCCUGUCUUGAGCUCAGCAGAGGUUUGUGAGCCUUGGUAAUUUAGAGUUGCUCUGAGAGUGCAGAGCAGUGUGUGUCUCUCACACUGAGCAAGGUGCUGUGAGAAGGGGCUGUGGAUGCCUGAAACACUGUAGUGAGCAGUGGAAGGUGCCAGGAUUGACUGCUUUUAGGAUGCUUUCAGUAAAGAUCUUGUAUUGCUAAGAACUGAACUAUGGCUGAGUCUUGGUGUUGGUAAUUGUGCUACAAGACUCAGUAAUGGCAAAUUUUAAACCCUUCUGGGGAUGUCUCUUGCAAUCAGGGUGGCUUUUGUUUUGGGAACGGACUAGAGCCAUUCCCAGGGCUUCCCCUGCCAGGAUGUGACAAGCGGGGCUGUGUCCUUCGGAUAUAGCAGAGACGUGGAGCCAGCCAAAGUACCAAAUCAGCUGGUGAAACAAUCUCUGCUUUGUCUUUUGUGGGCAGCCCUGAGGAGGCAGUGGCCCUGAGCUGGAGGUGGUGAGACACUGUGGGGAGGGUGGAAGGGGCAGGAAGGUUUCCUGGUGUUUCCUCUGUUCCCACACUCUUCCCCGGGCAUUUGCUGAGGCUGGUGCCAGAUAUGGUCAUGACCCAGUGUCACCAUUCCUGUUCUCCUGUGGUUCCUCCUUCUUUUGCAGCGAGAACAGUGAAAUCUGAGGUGUUUAGGCAGUUCCUCUUUCAGUCAAGUCAAAGUCCCUGUCAUCUCUGUGACUGGCUACCCAGCCAGGUGUUGUAGGCUGUAUCCUCAAGAACUUGCAAAAGGGACAAAACCACCACCUCUUCUGCAAAGAUUUGCAGCAUUGGCCAACAGUCUGGGCCAAAUCUUCACUCUGGUCCUCUGCUAACACAGUGCCUUUCUGCAGCCACUGUAAAGCACCAUCCUGUUGGAAAUGAUCAUUUUUAAUCCUGACCUUCCCACAGGCAGCGAGCAGUGGGCCUCAGGUACCGAGUCAAAAGACCAAAAGAUAAACUCUCACCAAAGAAAAAUUGUCACGUCUUGACUGAUUUUAACAGAGCCUUGGCAGUUCAUAAUCACAGAGCUGCCUGUAAUGACUGGUCUGGUGAUGGAUGAACAGCACAGAAUUAGGCAGAUUGCAUAAGUCCUGUGCCUGUUCUUCUAUAAAAUAGGUUUACAGGUAUUUACCUGUCUCUCACGGGCCAUAGUGUGGACAACAGUGAGUUGCAAUGUUUGGAGAGCACUCUUAAGACAGAGCAGUAAAUCUUGAAGAAUAAUGAACUUUUCAGAAAUCUGAAAGGAAUGAAAGUAUGCAGAGUUGCAUUGUGCUAGAGGAGGAAUGAGUGAUGGAAAGCAGAUCAGGUGGAUGCAUUUGCUGGGCUAAUUUGGGAGGAGCAGGGGAGCUGGUGUCAGUGUGAGCUGCAGUUCAGAAAAGGGAUGUGGCUUAGUCAAGGACAGCACAGUGCCCUGUUCUGUCUGCCUCCUUCCAUCUCCACCUGACAUGCCAGGAAAGCUGAGGCUCAGGUAAAUUAACAGACAUCACCAUGGAUUCAGCAUCUAAAUUGGGAGUCUUGACAGCUUAGUUCCUGACUAGCUUCAGUGGGAGAAAGAGCUUUUCAACUCAAAGAACAAGUUGUCUUGUUGUCAGUGUGGGUGACAAAGAUGGAGAAGAAGAAGGAAGAGCUGGAAGGCUGCAGGGGCACCGUCACAGGAGACAGGAUAAGCAAGAGGAUAAAGCAGCAUCUUUUCCUUGGCAUGUUGAUAUGGAUAGAGUGAAAGAGGCUGCAGGCAUUUUUCUGGCAUGUAGCAGAGACAACACAAAUCCCUGCCUGCUGCUUGGGUGGGAUUUGCAGGGAGAGGCAGGAGUUUCUGAAAUGCAACAAGGCAGCAUGCAGAGGGCCAGCAUGGAGCUCUGAUAAGCUGCUGCUGGCUGCUGGCCAUGACCAGAGGAACAGUUCUGGAUCAGGGAUUGACCCACAUUCCUCCUUGCAGGAUAGCUAGGACAAAUGCUCCUCAGAUAAAAACGCGGAGACCAUUGUUCUCCGAGGACAAAGACCGACUUGUUAUCAAUGGGAGCACAUUAAUGAAAGCCAUGCUCACUUGCUGCUUCAGUUUCUGGCAGGAGGGAAAAGGGUUUGAUAAAUGAUCUAAAACGUUUUCCAGACUUUGGGCAACACAUUGAGACAGUUGCCCCUGAAUAUUUUAACUCUGGCAAUAAGUGAUCAAGAGCCUUAUUUGGCUCCCUGUAGGUCUUCACAUCUGAGCACUGUCUUGGGAAGUUAAUGUUAACUCAGAGUUCAUUCUCUGCAUGGGGUCUUUGCAGACAUUUGUGACCAACAGGCAUCAUUUCACAGCUGUACAAGUGAAUGAAUACAGAAAAAGGUGAAAGAACUCUCUUGAGUCACAUGGAGAGUUGCCAAGCCAGCUAGGAGCAGACUCUGAGUCCCAAAGCCAGGUUCAUUGUUAGCUAACAACUAUCAUCUCCUUAAAAAAAUCCACAUCUGAGAGUUUAUAAAUAUAUUUGAGUCCGUACAGAGAUUGUUAUAGAAGGGGGGAAAAAAAGUCUCUUUCAUUCAAGAGCUCAGUGUGUUUACUUAUCAAAUUAUAUCUCAGUGUCAGCAGAUGCAUCAUCCUUAACAGUUACGAAAUCUCAUUUGAAUUUAACCUCAGAUCUCGGUGCCAGCAGGAGGUGAGGACUGUGGACAUUUCAGCAGGUCAACAGCUCUUAUGCAAAGUUCUGCUCAAGAAACAUUUAUACUUGUCUCCCAAGGCCACAGAUGUUGCUCUCAAGGCAAGCAGGGCUACCAAGGGGAACCAGCACGAGGAAAUGGAUUUUGAGCCAACUGUGUUGUAAUGCAAAGUUAACGGUGUGGUUUUAAGCCGCAGAGACCAAGAAAUUUGGUAUUAGAUGUUCCUUAGGAUAGCUUUCACUUGCUCCUUCUGGUAAAACAACACUGAGAAAGUAAUGCUCUUCCUUGCCAAGCAUGUAUUUAGUGAUUGAAACUAAACUGCAUAUGGCAUGUGCGUGCAACUUAAUUGCAGUGACAUGUUGCAGAAGGAAAUUGCUAAGGGAACUCUUCUCUCAAGGAACUGUUUACACAUGUCUGAAUCCCUGAGAUUACAUUCCCACAGAAAGACUAGUGCUUAACCAUAAAAAAUACUCCAGAUAUUAGCUGGUUUGGAUUGUAGCUUUUUUAAGAACCAGAAGGAAUGCUGCAAAAAGGACAGGCCAGGGCCUUCCCUGAUGUGCACUGAUGUAAUUUCCUGAGCUUUGUGUGGUUUCUGGAUUUGUGAUGGAGAUGCCUCUGUAGCAGCAUAGAGGAAUGAUCUGGGCCUUUUAAGAUGAUCGUGAUCAGCAAAACAGCAGUAAAGCAAUGUUUUUAAAACUUCUUGGUUAUAACUAAAGGCAUUUUACAUGCUCAGAGUAUUCUUCUGAUGUGGUGCCUUUAAUGUAAAAGUGUUUUCCUAGUGGUCAGUGUUGAUGCAGAAGGAAACUUCCUCGUGUUUUGUUCAGUUUGCCUUCUCUGUAUCCCUCCUGCAGAGCCUGUUGUGCUCCUUGGAGUCUGCCCAGAUCCCAGCAGGAUCAGGCUCUUAUAGUACAUAGAUCAAACUUACAGAUAUUCUGACCUCAUGUGAGGACAUGGACUGUUUCCUAUCCUGUUAGGAGGGGACAAAGACAUUGUUUCAGCUUUGGAGAGGAUGUGGGCUGAACAAACCCUGCUUCAUUAAGGCAAUACCUUAAUGACAUUUUACACUUAAUUAGUCAAAUAAUUGUGACCAAGGUGGCCCAGCGUCACUGCCUCCCUGCUCUGCUCCACAACAGAUGCUCUGUUGACUUGUCUUCCCCGAAGGCCACUCUGGAGGUGAUGUGUUUGCCAUCCGUGAGAAUUCCAUGCUUUUAAGAACACAAUCUUAUUUAGACUUCCUCAGUUACAUUCCUGGCUGCACUCUGGUGAGGUCGUGCUGUAUGGGAUGGAGACCUUGUGCAGCUCAGCAAACAGCUGAGCAAACCUCUGCUCGUGGGAGAUGGAUGGGCCUCUGCUCCUGAGCUGCUUCUUGGUUAGGGCAAACUGCGACUGACUCACUCACACUCUGUGAGGGCAAAGACUUUGAUUAGAUUUUGAUUAAUUGCUCAGAUUCAGGGAUAGCAGGACCACCCCUGCACAUGAGGAGUCCCCUUCUGCCUUAUUAUCCUUCAAGGU